AUGAAAUGGUUUGUUACAUUCUAAUGUACAUAUUUGGUCAGUUUCCUUGGUCUGUGCGGGCACUCCCCCUAUUUAUUAUUUUAUUAAAUGUUUUACCAUUUCCCAAACCCCACCUGCAGUGUACAUACAAUUGGUUUGGGGUGAAAUGGUAGUAAAAGGGGUGUUGUGUCUCGAUUAGGGAUUGAGCCUAUGGAUAGCCAUAUUGGUUUAAAAUCACAUUGCCUGUAUACUUUUCCCAUUUCUCCUCUGCAAGUUGAUUUAUUAAUGUUCUGUCUGUGUCCUUUUAUCAAUCAAGGAAUGUGAAUGUCAGUCGAACGACUGCCCUUCAUUGUCUCCCAGCACUACUUUGUGAAAGCGACUCAGAGGUGUUCAAAACCUGCAACCUGGUUGGUUAAUAUACUUACAGGGUUAUUACAGCAUUUAAGACUGCUCCUUUUAAUAUUUACUUGCCUUGCCCAGAAAUCACAACACAUCUUCCACGUUGGUUGAUCUGUAUUUCACACUCUUCCGGUUGUCAUACUGUAGGAACGUGAGUCAAGAAAUCCUGGUGUCCUCAUUGGUCCAGUCUGCAUAUUUGCUAUCAUCUCUGAUGAUGAAGAUGCAGUCUCCCUUCAGCCACACCAAGUCUCCAUCAUCCUCGAAGAUAGAGUGGUGAUACACAGCUUCCAAUCCUGGCCAGAUGCUUUUCCCGCUCUUUUUGGCCUGGUUUAUGCUCUACAUCAGGAUUACCCAAAACCUAUGUCCAGCUCAUUUCUAUUCAUUCAGCAAGUGUUUCUUAAUUUUGAUUCCGAAAAUCUCAAAUCAAAAGUUUUGGCCUUGAAAAAUAAACUGUAACCUAAACAUAACCUGUUUUCAGGUCAAAUGUGCCUGUGGUAAGACAACACCAGAUUUUUGUUGUUUUGUUUUUCUUCAACCUUAGAAAAAGGAACUUGGAACAAAAAAAAGUUUCAGAUUGUAUGCUUUUUUUGGUUAUUUCCUCUCAUAUGUGUUCUCUUGAAAUGUAACCAGAGGAACAAAAAUUGUGUUUGAAAUGUUUUUGUGGUAUUCUCCAAUAAUAAAUAAUAGUAAUUUGUACAGUCCAACAUUAAAUUUACACCUGAACCUAAAUUAUCUACAUGGAAGCACGCUGGGAGCGAUUUGCUUGUGUGUUGUUGUCUUAGCAAGGAGGUAGGCCUAGUAAACUAUGACUGUGCUUUUGAAGACUUUGUAAUAAAUACAUUGAAUGUGUACUUUGAAGGGGUUAAAUUUGUUUUACAUAACAAUACUCACUUCAGCUAUUAUGUUCGUUCUAGGUUAUAUUGCCUAACCAACAAAUACUCACAAUCAUUAUUUGAAUUAUCAGACGUCAAUACUCUUAUUAAUGAACUUGAAGUCAUUAGACGUUUACAAAGCAACGCAUGAUGAACUGCUAAAUGGCUUUGCUUUGAACUUUGCUCCCUGGUUUGCUUUGAGAGAACAUGCCAUCAUGAUAACCUCUACUUACAGUACUAAUACUGAGCACAUUCAUAUAGCAGUCUAUACAGUAAUAUACUCAGUCCUCUGUCUGUGUUAUAUUGUGGUGUUGAGGGAACUCAUGGUCUCCAGGUACUCCUUCAGGCAGUGUUAACAGCAGUGCUACAACGAGAAUUGAUUUUGGCAUGUUGGGUGGCAUCUGCCUGUUCGUUGCACAGCAUAAAAUUGUUUUCCACAGCAGGGUUAACUGGUGCGUCUGAACAUCACUGUUAGUAGGCCCAACUUCUAAGACACACCAUACACAUCAUUUUGAAACUAGGGAAAUGGAACGGUUAGGAAAGGGGUGGCUAGUGAGGUCUAAGUCAGUCCCUCUUCCUGCCUAUAUUUUGUUCUCCUCUUAUGCCUUGUCAUCUUACUUGUCUCCCAUUGUCUCCUCCCCCAACACACACCAGCCACAUCAUGUGGAUAAGAAAUGAAAGGGUGUGGAAAAUGGUUGAUGAGGUCUUCUCAUGCAAUCUACUCUUUUGUCAAUUUUUUACGCCUUACACAAUUUGUCCUCCCUAUAGUCUCCCAUCAGACAGAGUAAAUUGUGCUGAUGUACUGUCCUCUGCAAUGACUUGUGUGCUGACCCUAAACUGGCCCUCUAUAACACUGUACUCUGUCAGUGCUUGUGGUGUUUAGGUGGUAGACAUGCUUACUCUUUGGCAUUAUGUAGGCAGCUCAAAGCCUAACAGCGAGAAUAAUACAGAUUGCUAAGUGUAGUAAUGCCCCAAUUGGUUAGGGCCAAACCUAUUUGAAUGGUGACAGGGUGAGGAUGGAGGCCAACUCAAAAUGUUGUCAGGAGGCCUAUAUUCCCAAAAUGAUGGUGCAAUUACAUUACACGUUCAAUGUGUCCAGGACAUGGUCCUUAAGCUCCUGGUGUCCAAUUCAAUUUAGGUUUAGGUUUUAAAAAUGUUUUGCAUCUGAUUGAGGAAGUGGUCUAGUGUUGAUUAAAUGUAGCUUGCACCUUGGCCUAAAAGUCAUAAACAUGGUGUUACUUGGUCAUUGGUAAUUAUUAGACUAGUUGUGUGUAAAGUGUCACUGUGGAUGUCUGUCUGUCUCAAAGAGAAUGUGGUGUAUGAAACCCUGAAUUAAGAGUGAUGUUUAUGUUCAAGUGAUAUAACCUCUAAAGAGUUAACUUCAUGUCAUAAAAGGCUGGUUAAUUUUAAAUUUUGGGCGGGCAUCUGGAAGGAUGUAUUAUUUUAAACUGAAGCCCGCUCAUCGGCCAAAGGCAACGUCUUCUCUGUGAUCAUACCGCACUUUCUCCAAGUGCAUGUGCAGUAAUCUACCUCACACACAGGCGGCUGACUUCCCACCAAGGUUUAUACGAUUAAGUAUAUAUCAUUUAAAGCUACAUUGCAUUAGGGAGCCAAUUGUGAGCACAGAAAUCUAAUGUAGUCUCAUUAUUUAGCCUGACGACGUAGGUAACAUUAACAUUAGAUGAAGUUGGUUAACUUUUCAGCAGUUCAUGUUAGCCAAUUAAUUUAAAGAGAAGUGCUGCUGGCUUUCAUGACCUAGCCUAGCUAAAGACAGAAUUACCCGAAUGGUAAAUAAUCUUUUUUAAAAGAAAGCUAUGCUAAGCGUAAUAUAUAACAUGAUUGUUAUAAUGUUAAUUGCGGAACAUUGUGAAAACUAUGUGGCUAACUUUAGCAAGCAUGACUAACGGGUAGCUAGCUAUCCAACUCUGAUGGAUCAAUGCAUGUGUAACGUUAACAUCGACAAUUUGAUCUUAAAAUCCAUCUGCCGUGACAUGUGCGUAUUUAUUUGAUGUUUUAACUGGUUGGCAGUCCGCCUCAACAAUUAGCUAGCCUUGCUAACGUUAGUUUGCAGAACAGAGACACCUCUGGAGGAGUAGGUUUAUGUCAAAUGCAUUACUUGUCCACAGAGCUAUGGGGUCAAUGUAAAUGGUUGUUUGGCUAAUGUGUCAAAUGCAUUGCCUUUGAGAGUUAACGUUAAGGCUGCUUGAUUGCUAAUGACGCCCUUGCCUGUUCUUCCAGACCUUGGGACAACUGUGCAGCAUUUCACCGUUGACAUAGACCUUGUAGAGAAAGGUAAGUUAUCAAGAUAAUUUUGGCCCAAUAACAAAAGGCUUAAUAUACGUUUAUAUGAUGAGGUAGUUAACAAAAAAUACAAUAGCCAUAGAACAGUAUACAUCCCCAUUCUUUAAGCUCUAUUUUUUUUUAUAGCUCUACAAUAAAUAAAGUCAAAACAUGCUAACCCCAUAGUUAAAGGUGUACUAGAGUAGUUUCAAUUUUUAGCUGCUUUUCAGUCACCCCUGCUGAUUAAUUAAUCUGAUUAAAAUCCAUCAAUCUUAGGUUCGUGAAAUGUCUGAAAUGUCUGAAUUACACUGUGAAAGUGGAUGGUUUGGAUGAAUCGGGAAAAAAAUUAUUUUACAAUUUGUUGGUAGGCCCUGAAUGGAAUACUUUAUCCUAACAGCCAUCUGAGUUAUGUGCAUAUAACUUAAAUUGUAAAUAGCUUUUUUGAAUUUAUAUAAUGAAGUGCAUGAAUUGUUUCCACUUCCAUUUUAGCAGACAUCCAUCAACCAAACAUAAUGUGGAAUUGUAAACUCUGCCGUUUUUCCUACCAUUCCCAAGGAAAUGUGUCACAUUUCACAGUCAAUAACCCAUUCAAGCUUAACAUCCUUGUCAUUUAUCGCCCUCCAGGUUCCCUUGGAGAGUUCAUCAAUGAGCUUGACGCCUUGAUAAGUUCCUUUCCUGAGGAUGGCUCACCCCUCACAGUCCUGUGUGACUUUAACCUCCCUACGUCUGCCUUUGACUAAUUUCUCUCUGCCUCCUUCUUUCCAUUCCUUUCCUCUUUUGACCUCACCCUCUCACCGUCCCCCCCUACUCACAAGGCAGGCAAUACGCUUGACCUCAUCUUUACUAGAUGCUGUUCUUCUACUAAUCUCACUGCAACUCCCCUCCAAGUCUCCGACCACUACUUUGUAUCCUUUUCUCUCUCACUCUCCUCCAACACUACUCACUCUGCCCCUACUCAGAUGGUAAUGUGCCGUCGCAACCUUCGCUCUCUCUCUCCCGCUACUCUCUCCUCUUCCAUCCUAUCAUCUCUUCCCUCUGCUAAAUCCUUCUCCCUCCGAUCUCCUGAUUCUGCCUCCUCAACCCUCCUCUCCUCCCUUUCUGCAUCUUUUGACUCUCUAUGUCCCCUAUCCUCCCGGCCGGCUCGGUCCUCCCCUCCUGCUCCGUGGCUUGAUGACUCAUUGCAAGCUCACAGAAGAGGGCUCCGGGCAGCCGAGCGGAAAUUGAGGAAAACUAGACUCCCUGCGGACCUGUCAUCUUUUCACUCCCUCCUCUCUACAUUCUCUUCCUCUGUUUCCGCUGCUAAAGCCACUUUCUACAACUCUAAAUUUCAAGCCUCUGCCUCUAACCCCUUGACCGCUGGCCAUGUCCCUUCCGUCUUCAAGAGAGCGAGAGUUGCACCCCUCCUCAAAAUACCUACACUCGAUCCCUCCGAUGUCAACAACUACAGACCAGUAUCCCUUCUUUCUUUUCUCUCCAAAACUCUUGAGCGUGCCGUCUCUAGCCAACUCUCCUGCUAUCUCUCUCAGAAUGACCUUCUUGAUCCAAACCAGUCAGGUUUCAAGACUGGUCAUUCAACUGAGACUGCUCUUUUCUGUGUCACUUAGGCUCUCUGCACUGCUAAAGCUAACUCUCUCUCCUCUGCUCUUAUCCUUCAAGACCUAUCCGCUGCCUUUGAUACUGUGAACCAUCAGUACCAAUCACUCUUGGAUUGCGUCCUACCUGACAGGUCGCUCCUACCAGGCUCUCACCACUGGUGUCCCCCAGGGCUCAGUUCUAGGCCCUCUCCAAUUCUCUCUAUACACCAAGUCACUUGGCUCUGUCAUAUCCUCACAUGGUCUCUCCUAUCAUUGCUACGCAGACGUCACGCAAUUAAUUUUUUCCUUUCCCCCUUCUGAUAACCAGGUGGCGAAUCGCAUCUCUGCAUGUCUGGCAGACAUAUCAGUGUGGAUGUCGGAUCACCACCUCAAGCUGAACCUCGGCAAGACGGAGCUGCUCUUCCUCCCUGGGAAGGACUGCCCGCUCCAUGAUCUCGCCAUCAUGGUUGACAACUCUGUUGUGUCCUCCUCCCAGAGUGCAAAGAGCCUUCUCGUGACCCUGGACAACACCCUGUCGUUCUCUGCUAACAUCAAAGCGGUGACCCGAUCCUGCAGGUUAAUGCUCUCCAGCAUUCGCAGAGUACGACCCUACCUUACACAGAAAGCGGCACAGGUCCUAAUCCAGGCACUUGUCAUCUCGCGUCUGGAUUACUGCAACUCGCUGUUGGCUGGGCUCCCUGCCUGUGCCAUUAAACCCCUACAACUUAUCCAGAACGCCGCAGCCCGUCUGGUGUUCGACCUUCCCAAGUUCUCUCAUGUCACCCCGCUCCUCCGCACACUCCACUGGCUUCCAGUUGAGGCUUGCAUCUACUACAAGACCAUGGUGCUUGCCUACGGAGCUGUGAGGGGAACGGCACCUCCAUACCUUCAGGCUCUGAUCAGUCCCUACACCCAAACGAGGGCACUAUGUUCAUCCACCUCUGGCCUGCUAGCUCCCCUACCUCUAUGGAAGCACAGUUCCUGCUCAGCCCAGUCAAAGCUAUUUGCUGCUCUGGAACCCCAAUGGUGGAACAAGCUCCCCCACGACGCCAGGACAGCGGAGUUACUGACCACCUUCCGGAGACACUUGAAACCCUACCUCUUUAAGGAAUACCUGGAAUAGUAUAAAGCAAUCCUUCUACUCCCCCCCCCCCCCCACCACCCCAUUAAAAAAAAGAAGAAGAAAAAAAGUGGUUGUCCCACUUGCUAUCAUAAGUUGAAUGCACCAAUUUGUAAGUUGUGUCUGCUAAAUGAUGUAAAUGUAAAUGUAAAUGAAAUAUUCUCAAACAGUACCGUUUAAUACAUAGUCAACACAUACAUUUGUCAAGACUCCAUACACCGAUACAUGUAUGUUCAGCUGAAGAGAGACAUUUGGCGUUCCACUGCCCAAUUUGUGCUUUUACACAACAAUUUGAUGAGAGAGAGCUUUUUUCACAUUUAAGAGCACAUGUGAAGAAUCAUGAAAUGGUUCAGUCCCCAGUUAAAGACUGCUCAUUCAAAACAAAUGUUUUCUCAACAUUCACCUCACAUAUGUCAAGAAACCAUUCCUCCUUAAGCUCUACUCAUUUCAAGGUUGGCAUUGUGAGACAAGCAAGUGAGCCCAAGAUGAUUUUUCUCAAAGCCAAAUUACAGAUGUUGUAGGUAGCUCCAAGGAUGAUGAAUCAAAUGUGCGGGAUAGCACACCUUCUCUUAAAGAGCAGCUGCAGCAAAACCUGGCAUCCUUGCUGUUAAAAUUAUAAUCACUUCUUCAUGUGUCACAAAGUGCAACUCAAUAAAUGCUAGUGAACUUGGAUCAACUGCUCUUACUAUCUAAACCACUAAUGAAACAAACAGUCUCGCAAAUUCUUGAGAAACAUAAUUGUAAUGUGAGCACUGAUGUCAUCAAUGAAAUUGUGAAUGGCAUAGUAGACAAUGACGUUCCUCACAGUUGUACUUCAAAAGAUGGACCUUUGCAAACAGCAAAAAGAAGGAAUACUUAUUAUGAUAGGAAAUUCCCUGUGGUGAAGCCAAUUGAAUACACCAUAGAUGGUGCAAAACAUUCCACAAUGUAUGUCCCCAUCCUUGCAAUGUUGCAAUGAAAAUGAGGUUUUAGAGCAAGCAAUGAAGACAUCUGCACAACCAGAUGCCCAGUAUGCAUCAUAUCAUGAUGGAUCAUUUUGUAAAACCAAUGAAAUGCUUUCUAGUGAGGAGUUUAAGGUCUAUAUUGAUGAUUUUGAAGUAGCCAACCCACUUGGUACAUCAAGAAAAAAGCACAAAAUAUGCUUUGUUUACUGGACUUUAGCCAAUAUUCCAACCAAGUAUCGCUCACCGUUGCAUACAAUACAGCUAGCAUUGCUAUGCAAUUCCAGUGACAUGAAGACUUGUGGAUAUGCAAAGAUUUUUGAGCCACUGUUGAAUGAUUUAAAAAUUCUGGAAAUGAGUCAAGGACUUUCGAGAUGAAAACAAAGGAAAGCCUUGAUAAUUUAUGUAACGACAUAGAAUCUGGUAUAAGUACAGAGGACUAUGGUGUGAAGAGUGCUUGUGUUUUUUCACAGAAACUACAGUACUUUCAUACAACAAGUGGAUUUCCUCCAGAUAUCCUUCAUGAUUUCCUAGAAGUUGUUGUACUGGUAGAGUUGUCUCUGUGUCUACAAUAAUUUAUUAGAAAUAAGUGUUUCUCGUUGGAACAAUUGAACAUUGCUAUUGUCAAGUUUCCUUAUGAGAACAGUGACAAAGUUGAUUGACCUCAGCCUAUACCUAAAGCUUUGUAAAAAGAAAAACUCACAUUGCUUAGGCUUCUUCCUGCAAUAAUUGGCUCCGAGGUACCAGAGGAUGAGAGAGCUUGGAAGAUUUUGAUGGAUUUGAAAGACAUUGUGGAACUAGUGUUGUGUCAUGUGUUCACAGAGGAAGUGAUUCAGUACUUGACUUUAAAGAUAUCCGAUCAUAGACAACUACUGUAGGAAGUAUUUCAAAAUUUCAAACUGCGUCCAAAGCAUCACUUAAUUGAACACUAUCCACAAUUGAUACGGCGUUUUGAUCCAUUUGUACAUUGCUUGACCAUCAGAUUUGAAGGAAAGCAUAAAGUAUUUAAAAAUAUUGUACAUAACGCACAAAACUUCAAGAACCAAAACAAAACCCUUGCGCAAAGACAUCAGAGAAUGAUGGCAUAUCAUUUGGCAUUGCCAAACUAUUUUAAGCCUGCCGUUGAGACAUUCACCAUAAAGAACAUAUUUUUGAACACUCUUGCGACUGCAGCACAGGAUUAUAUACAGGAAAUAACUGACAGCACCUGUACAACUGUACAGCACUUCACAUGUUGUUGUAAACAACAAACAUUUUGUCAGUGGCAUGUUUGUGUGCAAUUCAAAAAAUUGGAAACAUCAUACUCGUCAACAAUCAAACUCUGUUUAUAUGCAAAAGCUGCCAGUCUUGGUAUAUAGAGCACCUGCGCUCCUAUGAGGUGACAACAGAAGAGUCAUAUGUUGUAACAACACCAUCAGAUCUCCAUGACUUCAUGCCUCUAACUGCAUACAGACUGAAUGGACAACUUGUCCUUACUACUAAGCACUUCAUACUUUUGAGCAGGUAGAAAAGUAAUCUUUGUUCCUCUGUCCUACAGCGAUAUGGCUGACUCUUCAGACUGAGAGUCCACUUAGGAGACGGAGGCAUUGAACGGGUGACACUCCCCUGUCGUCCGGAUUCUGUCCCUCAACUGACUGCUUUACUGUGUGAAAAAUUUGAAAUUCCAUACAGUCCUUCUCCAGUUUGAAGACCCUGAUUUUGGUGGCCAGCUAUGCAAUCUGAGCAGUAUUCAUGAACUACAAAACAUGGGAACUGUCAAAUUGAUCAGAGUAAUGGACUAGGACUGCAGCACAACUUCCAACUAUGCAGGGACAAGUGACAGUGGAGAGACCGACAGCUGUCUAACACCCCAAAGGGAAAGUGCAUGGCCAGACGUCUUUGUGGUUCCCAACUUUCCACAUGACAUAGAGUUUGCUCUCAGGGAAGGCAAUGAAGCUAAAGAGCCGCAUGGGAAACGCCUUACUUUAAACAAAGAGCAAAAACUAAAGAUUAUUGAGGGCAUGGCUAGAGCAAUAUUUGAAUACAAGGUGUACCCUUGCAGCAAGGAGAUUAAAAGUGCUGCUGAAGCGUUAGUUCAGAAACAUCCAUGCCUGGAAGAGUCUGGCUCCAAAAGUGGCUGUGAUGGAUGGAGAGACAGCUUGGUGUUCAAAAUUGGCAAUUUCAGACACAAACUCGGCAAGUCAGUGUGUCCAGAAGUGAAAGUUAACAGUGGCAAGAGAAGGAAAAGUAGCCCAGAUGGCGACUCGCCACAUUCAAAGAUAAAGCGGCCUCGACGAGCAGAAGUAAACUUUCUUCCACAGCUUCCACAAGGUGAAACUGAAGAAAGUCUGGAGAGGUUGAGGGUUGUUGGAGGAAACGGACCAAGACAAGAUUGACUUAUCAUUGGUCAACAGCAGCAUGUGUAGGACCUUUGCAUUGAGACGUAAAAAGAUUGUUAACUUGAGCCCCACCAUAGAGAGUAUCCAAGAAUGAUUGCCAGCACUUUUCCUCACAGAACGCUUGCUAGCCCUAUCCAGAGAGAAGCAGGGAAAGACUGGAAGAAAUGGACAGAAAAAAGUAUUUGAUCCCCUGCUGAUUUUGUAUGUUUGCCCACUGACAAAUAAAUGAUCAGUCUAUAAUUUUAAUGGUAGGUUUAUUUGAACAGUGAGAGACAGAAUAACAACAACAAAAUCCAGAAAAACGCAUGUCAAAAAUGUUAUAAAUUGAUUUGCAUUUUAAUGAGGGAAAUAAGUAUUUGACCCCCUCUCAAUCAGAAAGAUUUCUGGCUCCCAGGUGUCUUUUAUACAGGUUAACGAGCUGAGAUUAGGAGCACACUCUUAAAGGGAGUGCUCCUAAUCUCAGUUUGUUACCUGUAGAAAAGACACCUGUCCACAGAAGCAAUCAAUCAGUCAGAUUCCAAACUCUCCACCAUGGCCAAGACCAAAGAGCUCUCCAAGGAUGUCAGGGACAAGAUUGUAGACCUACACAAGGCUGGAAUGGGCUACAAAACCAUCGCCAAGCAGCUUGGUGAGAAGGUGACAACACUUGGUGCGAUUAUUCGCAAAUGGAAGAAACACAAAAGACCUGUCAAUCUCCCUCGGCCUGGGGCUCCAUGCAAGAUUCACCUUGUGGAGUUGCAAGGAUCAUGAGAAUGGUGAGGAAUCAGCCCAGAACUACACGGGAGGAUCUUGUCAAUGAUCUCAAGGCAGCUGGGACCAUAGUCACCAAGAAAACAAUUGGUAACACACUACGCCGUGAAGGACUGAAAUCCUGCAGCGCCCGCAAGGCCCCCCUGCUCAAGAAAGCACAUAUACAGGGCCGUCUGAAGUUUUCCAAUGAACAUCUGAAUGAUUCAGAGGAGAACUGGUGAAAGUGUUGUGGUCAGAUGAGACCAAAAUCGAGCUCUUUGGCAUCAACUCAACUCGCCGUGUUUGGAGGAGGAGGAAUGCUGCCUAUGACCCCAAGAACACCAUCCCCACCGUCAAAUAUGGAGGUGGAAACAUUAUGCUUUGGGGGUGUUUUUCUGCUAAGGGGACAGGACAACUUCACUGCAUCAAAGGGACUAUGGACGGGGCCAUGUACCGUCAAAUCUUGGGUGAGAACCUCCUUCCCUCAGCCAGGGCAUUGAAAAUGGCUCGUGGAUGGGUAUUCCAGCAUGACAAUGACCCAAAAUACACGGCCAAGGCAACAAAGGAGUGGCUCAAGAAGAAGCACAUUAAGGUCCUGGAGUGGCCUAGCCAGUCUCCAGACCUUAAUCCCAUAGAAAAUCUGUGGAGGGAGCUGAAGGUUCGAGUUGCCAAACGUCAGCCUCGAAACCUUAAUGACUUGGAGAAGAUCUGCAAAGAGGAGUAGGACAAAAUCCCUCCUGAGAUGUGUGCAAACCUGGUGGCCAACUACAAGAAACGUCUAACCUCUGUGAUUGCCAACAAUGGUUUUGCCACCAAGUACUAAGUCAUGUUUUACAGAGGGGUCAAAUACUUAUUUCCCUCAUUAAAAUGCAAAUCAAUUUAUAACAUUUUUGACAUGCGUUUUUCUGGAUGUUUUUGUUGUUAUUCUGUCUUUCACUGUUCAAAUAAACCUACCAUUAAAAUUAUAGACUGAUCAUGUCUUUGUCAGUGGGCAUACGUACAAAAUCAGCAGGGGAUCAAAUACUUUUUUCCCUCACUGUAGCUGCCAUUCUGAAUUUGUACAGCCAGGUAUAUAAAUGAAAUCAGUAAGCAAAAUGUAAAGCAAAUUAAUUGAUUGAAAUGUUACAUUUUAAGAUCAGUGAUACCCUUACACAGAUUUUUGGUUAAUGUUUGUAAUGUUUCUCUGUAGCAACCACAUGAUGUGAACACCGAUCUAACUGUUGUCCUCAGAUGUCUUCCAGCAAUACUCCAAGAGGAUGACUCUGGAAUGUUCAUAACAUGCACGGUGGGUUGUGUUUGUGUGCGAGGUUGUUCAAAUAUUCUUUGACUCAAAAUAAAGGAGGGGAGAAACUACUUGUGUGUCUUCAAAAAUAGUUUAUUGUGACAUGAUAGUUAUAUUUUCAUGUUCUUGCUCAGGAGGGAACAUCCCAAGACCCUGCAGCCAUCAAGAGACCAGCAGCCAUCAUCUCAGUCAUAGAUGAUGAUGGAGAUGUAGCUGCUGUGCCAUUGCAUCCAGGAAGAGUCUACGUGGUCCUUGAGGAGAAGGUAGUUAUGAAGGAUUUCCGGUGCUGGCCUGAUGCACUUGUAUGUUUGUACGGGCUAAUGUACUCACUCCAACAUAAAUACCCAAAUUGCAUGAAGAACACGUUUGGGUUCAUACAAAAAGUGUUAUUAAACUUGGAUAGAGACAGAAUGAAGCCAAAGGUCCUUGCUUUGAAAAACCAACUGUAA